GGGAAAGGCCGUUUGGAAAUUCUGAGGUUUUCAGUACGGAUUACAGAACAUCCUUACUACCAGGGGGCUUCUUUUGAACACUCUUUUCACGAAAUUCUCCUUUGCUCGGUUAAGCGCCUAUUUAGUUGGAAUAUUGUUUCCUCAGGCAUUGAGGUCGCAAGAGUCUAUCAAUAUCUUUCGUCUCCUCCGCUAUACCACUAAGCCAACAAAAAGUCGGAAAGCAUCCAGCUGUUGCGUCGUCAAAAACUAUUCGACUUCGAUCCCUCUACGAAUCCCUUACAGCCCUAUCUUCGAAGUACAUUUAUAACUACGUUGGAAAUGGGGGACCAUGUGCCAUCUGAAACCUCUGGCGGCAACUAUGCGAAUCCGGAAAUACCCAGUGAUGCUGCUCAUGGAGUAAAGUUGGAUGGCGAUUCAUCACUCGACCAACAAAGUGUCAGUCCACCGGAUAACAAUGCGUUCCGGGGACAAUACCAACAAAUAUAUGCUCCGCCGUCGAAUGCCUUCUCCAGCCAGCUCGAACUACCUCUUGCCCAAGGAUCAGGCCGCCAGGGACCGUACGAUAUGAGCGGAAUGGCAAAUGCGCUGCCACAGUCAGGCUACCGACAAGGAUAUAGUAGUGGGCAACAACAUCAGCGAUACACGCCUGCUGGCACCGGCUUAAUGCCACAAAUGGUCCACUUUCCCAAUCAGCUGCACAUGUCGCAGAUUACGAACCAACAAUAUUAUCUCCCACAGCAUCAGCAGGUUCAGCCGUACUUCAAUACUCCUAGUACUCAGCACCAUGAACAGCUUGGAUCGCUACGGGGUAGUAUGGGUUUGGGGUACUAUACCAAUAUUAUGGCGAACCAGUCCCAAGUUCCGAUUCCUGGAUAUUACUACCCCCCUUCAAGCCAAUUCUCAGCACAGACUUCGCCAAUACACAGUCACUUGGCUCAGUUGCAAUUCUACUUGCCUGAUGGCUCUUCCGGAGAUCCAAGGGCAUCGUCGCCUUUACAAGGCAACAACCACAUGGAUGGCCUGGGAGGGUUUGGACCCAGUGAGGAAUCGGCAAAAAAUCGGCCGAGUAUUGUUCGUGGUCCGCCGCGCAAGCCUCGUCAAAGUGGGCAUGCGAUAUGGAUUGGAAAUCUCCCACCGCAGACAGAACUAAUGAGCUUGGUUUAUCACAUUUGCGAAGAGGCAGCCGGAUUGGAGUCUCUCUUUCUAAUUUCGAAAAGUAAUUGUGCCUUUGCCAACUUUAAAGACGAAACAAGCUGCGUCACGGCUCAGCAAAAACUACACGACUCGAAAUUUCAAUCCAUCAGACUCGUAAGUCGACUACGGAAAAACACUGUCGAGGGGUCGUCGGGCCAAACUGCACCAACAGGUCCAGCCGCUAUAUCACCCAACGCCCAAACCGCAUCACCGGAAACGACUGCAUCCGACUCACCUAGUAAAUCUGCUGAUUUAUCGUCCACGAAAGAAGUUGGAGCGAAUACUAAGAGCACAUUCAAUGCAAAUGGGACGCAACAAAAAGACAAAUUCUUCAUUUUGAAGAGUUUGACAGUGGAGGAUCUCGAGCUCAGCGUUCAAAAUGGCGUAUGGGCAACUCAAUCGCAUAAUGAGGAGGCACUCAACGAAGCGUUUGGGGCCGCCGAUAAUGUCUAUCUUAUAUUCUCUGCCAAUAAAUCUGGCGAGUAUUUUGGAUAUGGCAAGAUGACUUCGCAAAUCAACGACGACCCCGCCGCAGCGAUUGAAUUUGCGCCUAGGGCACAGGCUACGAACGACAUGGAUUUACCAAAGGCGAUACCCACUCAAGCGACUGCAGCGUGCCCCCGUGGACGGAUCAUUGACGACUCAGCCCGAGGGACGAUAUUCUGGGAAGUGGAACGAGACGAGGUUGACGGCGGGUCAGACGCAGUAUCUGAGGAUUCAGAAAGCGCUAGGAGUGCGCACGAUGGAGAAGGUGCACAAAAAGCUUGGGGAAAGCCGUUCAAGCUAGAGUGGCUUUCGACGACGAGGCUCCCAUUUUACAAGACGCGUGGCCUACGAAACCCUUGGAACUCGAACCGCGAAGUGAAGAUCGCUCGAGACGGGACAGAACUCGAACCUACCGUGGGGAGGAAGCUCAUCGGGCUGUUUGCACGGGUUCAAAGUCCAGUAGCCUUGCCUACGAUGGGCAUUGCUGCCGGAUACCCUCAAGCACCACAGCCGUUUCCUCACCAAUAAUUUCCAUCGACCCGAAGGAGAAAAGAAAGCAAGAAAGGUAUCGACAAAAUCUACGGGAUGGCCUUGGCGAUGCCAGUCAUCUACAGGGUACUCACCGCGUUCCGCUGUGUUUUGUCGAUAGCGCCUAGUUGUUGAACAAAGGCCCUACUAAUUAACAUU